GUCAUCAGCAACGUGAUGUAAACACGGAAGUGAAUUGAAUCUAUGAGCUAGGAAGAGGUUCGCUUUGUUGAUUGACGAUCGAUUGGAACUUUCACAUUUGUUUUUCGCGCUUUGCUGCUUUUACCGGGGCACUCGUGUGUUCUACAUUACUGCCACAGAUUGAUUUACAAAAAUAACACGCUAUCUUGAAAACUACUAAUAUAGACACAUAGAAACACAUUUAAUACCACUGUAUAAUUGUCAGAAUGGACCCGAAGCACAGACAGAUUCUUCAGCGGCACCGAAUCAAUCUAGUAGAGACAUUAAAUCCAGCAGACAUCUGCGAUGGGCUUUUGUCAAAGGGGGUCAUCACCCAGGACAUGAUAGAGGAAAUACGGAGCAAGACAACCCGGCGUGAUCAAGCCAGAAAACUGGUGACAGACCUGGAGACAAGAGGGAGUCGGGCUUUCCCGGCCUUUCUAGAGUGUCUGCGUGAGACUGGCCAUGAUGAUCUCAUGGAGCUCCUGCAGAGUGGAGUUGGAGCUCAUCAACCUGUCCCCAUCCCUGUGCAGCCUUCAGUACUGAUCCCUCUGCCAGUCCAGAAGCCCAAAUAUACUGAAAUACCUGACAGGCCUGAUCUCACUCCUCCACGGCUAGUACCUCUGAGACCAGGAACUCUGCCUGUUUCCAAGCCUCUUAGCCCACCUUCUGAAACGCCAGGGAUGAAACCAUCCAGACAGAGACGUGACAGUAUACAGUCUUAUAAGAUGGAUGCCAGUCCAUGCGGGAUGUGCUUGAUUAUAAACAACGUCGAUUUUGACCCAGGCUCUGACCUAAAAGAUCGAAAGGGGUCCAACAUUGACUGUGACAAGUUGGAGAGAAGAUUCAAAGCUCUUAACUUUGAGGUUGCUGUGAAAAGGAACUUGAAAUGCAAACAUAUAAGACAUGAGAUGUCAUCUUUAGCGAAGAGGGAUCAUUCUGCAUAUGACUGCUGUGUGGUGAUCAUCCUUUCGCAUGGCACUGAUGCAAACCACAAUCGUUUCCCUGGAGCAGUUCAUGGUGUGGAUGGACCUGUUGUCCCCGUUCAGAUAAUCACAAACUACCUCAAUGGCCAGAACUGUCCUUCUCUACAGGGCAAGCCCAAGCUUUUCUUUAUCCAGGCCUGUGGAGGAGAUGAGAAGGACACAGGCUUUGAGGUUUCUCCAGAUGAGGUCCAGCCCUCUUUGGGUGGGACAGAUGAUCAGACAGAUGCUAUUCCCAUGUCCUCCAGCAGUGACUCUCUCAGCACGUCCGAUGAACUUGAUGCUCGGGCCACUUUGCCCACACCCAGCGACAUCCUAGUAUCCUACUCAACAUUUCCAGGCUAUGUCUCAUGGAGGGACACGCAGGCUGGCUCCUGGUAUGUGGAGAAUCUUGAUCGCGUGCUUGAGCAGAAUGCUGCCACUGAUGAUCUGGUGACCAUGCUGAUGAUGGUAAAUGAUGCAGUUUCCCAAAUAUCUGCCAAAGGCCUGUAUAAACAAAUGCCCGGAUCGUUCAACUUCCUCCGAAAACAUCUCUACUUUCAGACAUCGCAGUCAUGAUCACUCGGAGAUCUUGAAGAUCUUCAGUAUGCCUCUGUGUGCUGUAAUGGGAACACUGCCACAUGCUUCCUGCUGUGUGAUAAAAAAACAAGUUGUCUUUUUUUAUAUCAUGAACAGAACCAUGAAGUCAGAACCUGGACUGGAGUGUUUGUUUUUAACAGUCCUUUUUUGUGGUUUUUAGAAAUGCAAAGAAUCAGAAGUUAGAUUUCACAGAUAAGUACAACUAAACUGUUCAUAGCUUGGAAAUAUUAUUGUUAAUAUUAAAAGUGAAAUUUUCUCAUUUCUCUAACAAUCUGUCAUACGCGAUAGUAGGAGAGUGUUUUUGACGCUUUUCAAGGAAGCACAAUAGACUUAAUACCCUUGUGGUUGUUUGAAAUACAAUUGUGGUGUUGGAAAAAGUGGUUGCUACUUCUCAAGAAAUUGCAAUAUAAAGUUGUGCUCAAAAGUUUGCAUACCUUGGCAGAAAUUGUGAAAUUUUUGCAUUGGUUUUGAAAAUAUGACUGAUCAUGCAAAAAAACUGUCUUUUAUUUAAGGAUAGUGAUCAUAUGAAGCCAUUUAUUAUCACAUAGUUGUUUGGCUCCUUUUUAAAUCAUAAUGAUAACAGAAAUCACCCAAAUGGCCCUGAUCAAAAGUUUACAUUCCAUUGAAUGUUUGGCCUUGUUACAGACACACAAGGUGACACACACAAGUUUAAAUGGCAAUUAAAGGUUAAUUUCCCACACCUGUGGCUUUUUAAAUUGCAA